GAUUUGGUUUCCAUAGAUAACACCCUCUGCUGGUGAGGUUUCAGUCACAAGGGGAAGUUUUUCCGGUAUUAGAUGUAAUCGGAUAGCACCAAAGGUCGGUGAGUGUUUAUCUGCGUGAUGGUUUAAGGCACAACAGAGGGCGAAAAGAGAAAGCUGUUGAACAAGAAAUCAGAGGAACCUGAGAAGAAAGCAGUUGUAGAUUUUCUUCGUUCAAUUUGAUAUAUAAAAGAACACGCAGUUUUCACAAUGGUUAAAGUGUCAUUUAAUGCAUCGCUGGGGCAGAAAGAGCCAAAUAAAGAAGUGGAAAAUAGCGAAGUCCUCAUUCCAGAGUCCAGGGAGCUGGAAAAUGGGGUUUCUGUUUUGAGGCAGUGCAGGGCCUGGUGCAUGUGCCUAGGCCUGGCCAUCAUGCUGUCAGGUGUGGUUUUGGGUGGAGUCUGUCUCUACAGGAAGGUACAGGUACCCUUCUGGAUGUAUUUUUGCCGGGUGAGGGGUGAGGACAUUGAGGAAGAUUUCAUGGUGCGGGACAGGGACAUGGCAGUGCCAUCCCGCCUGCGGGACAUCCAGGAGACAAUCCGUGUGCUCCAGGACGAUGAGGUGGAGCUCAUCGACGUACCUAUGCCUGAAUUUGGUGACAGCGACCCCGCCAAAAUCGUACACGACUUCCCUAGGAGGCUGACCGCAUACCUGGACCUGAAACUGAACAGGUGCUACAUCAUCCACCUCAACACCUCCAUCGUCAUGCCCCCCAAGGACUUUCUGCAACUUCUGGACAACUACAAGGCUGGGAUGUACCUGCCACAGUCCUAUGUGGUCCAUGAGCAGAUGAUGGUGACUGAGCGUGUGGACAGUGUAGACCUGGGAUACUUCAUCCGCAGCCUCUGCUACGGCAAAGAGACCUACAGGCUGCAGCGCAGAGAUACUGUACUGGGCAUGCGGAAGCGCGAGGUGCAGAUCUGCCACAAGAUCGUCCACUUCGAGAACACAUUUGGAGUGGUCACCACGAUCUGUGAGCCGCGAAUUAUGGUGUCGUCCGCUUCCAGUCAAAGACAUCUGAUUCUGCUCUUGUUGUUAAAUGUGUUGUUUGUGUUGGGAUGUUGCUGAUCAGCUGAGUGUCCAGGUAAUGAUGGGACAUGUGGUUUUUUUGUAAUGUGCUGCAGUUACAUUUAGCAAUGGGUUUUGUUCAUGUAAAGUUGUCUCCUUAUCUUUUAGCAAUAUAUACAGUUGGACAGAUAUAUACAGUAUGUGAACAAAAGUUUCCAUGUGUAUAUCCUCUCUAUUUUCCUCAUCUCUACCUUUCUCUUCUGGAUCUAACAGCUAGUUUGGGGAUGUAAUGAAAACCAGGUUAAAGAAAUUUGUGGAUAUAUAUUUUUAGAUUAUCUAAAUGAACAGAAAUUCAGAAAUGCUGCUGCAAAAAAAUCGUAGGAAAACUGGAGGUAGCUGUUUUAAGUGCACAUAAAUCUCGCUAGCCCUGGGGAUUUUUUAGGUUUAAUAGUUUCAUUUUUUGUAUUAAUGAAAACACACUGCAGAAAUAAACUAUUUUGUUAACAGAAAAACUAUAUUUGUGCUGGGAUUGCUUAUCUUGAAAUAAGAAUGUUUAAGAUUCAAGUUAAAUGUAUAACGUCUGUAUUUUAUAAUAAUUUCUUAUUUUAAGAAUCUUUUUGAACAUUUUGUUGUUUUUUCUUUGGAAUAAAAUUACAGAAUUAUAAAGAUUUUCACCACACAUCCUGGUGCACUUGUUUGUAAACAA